AUGAAUAACGACCGCCUGUCGAAGACCGUUGACGACCAGGCUGUGGAGAUUGCCAAGCUGAAGAAGAGCUCAAGUGAGGGGAGGGAAGCGCUGAUGGAGGAGGUCCACCCACUGUUGGAGCGGGAGUUUGAGGAGCGGUUGACUCUUAAGGACAAAGAACUCAGUUUGGAGAGGGAAGCGGUCAAGAAGGUUCGUGAGGAGCGGGACCAAUUGCAGGAGCAUGCGAGGAAGUCCGGCGAGAUGGAGAAACUAUUGCUAGAAGAACAGGAAUCUCUUCGCAAGGAGAUAGAGUCUUUGAAGUUGGAAAAAGCGGCCUUGCAGAAGAGCCACCAGACGGAGCUGGAGAUCGCCCGCGCUGAAGCCGGUCCGGCGUACUUGGAGUCAGAUGAGUUUCAGGCUAUCGAUAAUGAGAAGUAUAAAACCGUUCUUGGCAACGCGGUUGCCGCUAUCCGACAAUGGUUUCGCAUGGAUCAGCCUGAAGCGGUCUGGAGUACUGACGAGAUCUAG